UAGAGGUUCAACAAGAGUCAGGCCCACAGAAGAAAAGGCCGCCUCUAUUGAACUUGACAAUUGCGCCUGCGGUAUGGGAAUGCCAUGUCCGCUGUCUUGCUUUUUCGUGUCUGCAGCCUUUCUAUGUUCUCGCGGCCUGGCCAAUUACCCGGAUUGGUCCAUGUCAACUUUUGGCAGGAACGACAGCGUCGCCGUACCAGCAAAUUUGUUUCAAUUCCACGUACAAAGUCUACGUACCACAAAGACCGAGAGAGUUACGGCAUCCCAAACUUUUGCUGCUGAGCUGCAUCCGCUUUAUGGAAUACCCAGUGCUGGUGAGACGUUGGGGCACGAGUGUGAGAGCCAUUUUCUUGGUGCGAGACCCAGCUGACUAUUUGUGGGCCGCGUUCAAUUUUUGGACUAUCGAUCUGGAUCCAGGGCCUAGAAAUUCAGAGUUGUGGACCAGAAUGGGCACAGACUAUCGGACACCGGAACUGUUUCAUGAGUUACUUCUAGCAAAUGGCAGCAUAGGUGGGUGGUGGAUGGGGAAGGACGACCACAGUGGCGCAUGGUUCCCUGAAAUUGCAGAUGGCAGAUUUCAAAAGGCUUUUGUCAAAGAAAAGACGUUGUUGCUGCGCUCGGAAGACUUCUUGGACCCAGAAUUGACAACGUUGGCGACGGCUAAGCUAAGUGCUUUCACUGACUUGGAAGUCGAAGGCUUUGCCACCGCUCAGUUGCGCGCAAAGACCAAUGUCCAAUUUCACUUGGGCUCGAGGGGGGCAGACAAUGUCGUUCCUCGCGGAGAAGAACCUAGUGGGGUUUACGAAAUUUCUGGUUUUCGGCCAAUGCUGUGCCAAUCGCGCCGUCUUAUUUACCAAAGUUGCCGGGCGCUUUGCAACGCCCUUUUGUCAUACAAUGUUGAGUACAUGGCCUGCGUGUCCGAAAAUAGCACGGGUUGCGAACCGCCCAGAGAUCGCGAAGAAAUACAUGGCGCAUAUCUCGAGCUUGACGCGAAUGUGGGUAAAGCUUGGUGGAAUGGAGCCGAUUAUGUGGCUGGUGCCAUUGUGACUUCGGCCGCGCCUUUUUUGUGCGUUGGAUUUUGGCUGGGUCGGAGAGGACGCCCUAUUCUAAGGAGUGAGCGCGAAGGAGGCGCGGCAGGACGCUGAGUGCCAAAA